UUGCGGGCGCCUGCGUGUUUUGGCGGAGAAGCAAGAGCAGUCGCAGACGAGGGAAGUCGCGAGCGCACGGGCCUCGGCUAAUUGCCGGCGUCGCGAACAAUGGACGGCAGGCGCCUGCCAGUGACCCUCACCUGCGUCCCUCGCCCAUCGACCCUGCUCGCCGUCACCGACGCUUCCACCGAGAGGACGCGAUAGAAGCGUCUGCGCUGCUCGGCCUAUGAUCGCUGACCUGUAGAACCCUUUCUGCGCCGCGGACCGUGCCAUCGCCCACGACGCGCCGCGUGCAGCGCCAUAGCCCGCCGAUUCCUGUGGCAUUCAGACGCCCCUAACCACACAGAACAGCGCCCACCAUGGCGGCAAAGCGCAAGGCGGCCGCGAUGGCGCCCGUCGAUGAGGACCCAGUAGAUCCUUCCGAUGAGCUCAUGUUCCUGUGUCUCGGGGGCGGCAACGAAGUCGGGCGGUCGUGCCAUAUCAUACAGUACAAGGGCAAGACGGUCAUGCUCGACGCUGGUAUGCACCCCGCGCAUGAGGGACUGUCGGCCAUGCCCUUCUACGAUGAGUUCGACCUGAGCACUGUAGACGUUCUCCUGAUAUCACAUUUCCACGUCGACCACGCCGCCUCGUUGCCGUAUGUACUUGCAAAGACGAACUUCAGCGGUCGUGUUAUGAUGACCCAUCCCACCAAAGCCAUUUACAAGUGGCUGAUCUCAGACUCCGUGCGAGUGGGCAACAUGUCCAGCUCAGCAGAGAACAAGAUCCAAAUGUACACCGAGCAGGACCACACAAACACCUUUCCCAUGAUCGAAGCCAUCGAUUUCUACACAACACACACCGUUGCUGGCAUACGGAUAACGCCGUACCCAGCAGGCCAUGUCUUGGGCGCAGCAAUGUUCCAGAUCGAGAUUGCAGGCCUGAAGAUCCUCUUCACCGGCGACUACUCCCGAGAAGACGACCGGCAUCUGGUGUCCGCUUCAAUACCCAAAGAUGUCAAGAUUGACGUCUUGAUCACCGAAUCCACCUUCGGUAUCUCGACACAUACUCCACGCGUCCAGAGGGAAGCCCAACUCAUGAAGUCAAUCACUGACAUCCUCAACCGCGGCGGUCGAGCCCUCCUCCCCGUGUUUGCCCUUGGCCGUGCUCAAGAGUUACUCCUGAUUCUGGAUGAGUACUGGGCUAAGCACCCAGAGUACCAGAAGAUCCCCAUUUACUACAAUUCCAGCCUGGCACGCAAAUGUAUGGUUGUCUACCAGACGUACGUGUCAGCCAUGAACGACAACAUCAAGCGCCUCUUCCGCGAGCGAAUGGCCGAAGCCGAAGCAGCAGGCGAUGUGAGCAAAGGUGGGCCGUGGGAUUUCCGCUUUGUGCGCAGUCUAAAGUCGCUCGAGCGCUUCGACGAUGUGGGGGGCUGCGUUAUGUUGGCGUCCCCGGGUAUGAUGCAGUCUGGCACCUCGCGCGAGCUGCUUGAGAAGUGGGCUCCCGAUCCGAGGAACGGUGUAGUCAUUACCGGUUACUCCGUCGAGGGCACCAUGGCGAAGGAAAUUGUGAAGGAGCCUGACGAGAUUCCUUGCAUCACCCAGCGAGGCAAUCAGCAGCGCCGUCUAGGCGGAAAUGAAAACGAACAGAAGAAGAUUCCGCGCCGAUGCACAGUCCAGGAAUUCAGUUUUGCUGCUCACGUCGACGGCAAAGAGAACAUGGAGUUCGUGGCAGAGGUCAACGCGCCUGUCGUCAUCCUAGUCCACGGCGAGAAAGGUAACAUGAAUCGCCUCAAGUCCAAACUCCUCGGGUUCAACGCGCACCGCAAAGACCCCGUCAAGAUCCUCUCUCCCGCAAACUGCGAAGAAGUCCGCAUUCCCUUCAGAACUGAUAAAAUUGCCAAGGUCGUCGGCAAGCUCGCAUCCAUCUCACCACCCGUACCUCGAAUAAAGGGCGAAGGCGAAGAGAACGGUGACCUGGACGAGCAGCCUAGUCUAAUCAGCGGUGUCCUCAUCCAGCACGAGACAGACUUCAAGCUCUCCUUCAUGGCGCCAGAAGAUCUGAAGGAGUACGCCGGUCUGACCACCACGACCAUCGUGUGUCGACAGCACAUGCGGCUGUCGGCAGCAGGCGUGGAUCUGAUCCGGUGGGUGCUCGAGGGCGCAUUCGGCGCUAUCAAGGAAGAAGAGAUCACCGACGAGGCAGUCAACGGCAAGGAGGUCAACGGGAACGGCAACGGCGUCAAAGAGCACGCAGACGAAGAGAUCAGCCGCUCGAGCACAAAGUACGUCGUCAUGGACUGCGUGAGCGUGCUGUGCCGGCCGGGCGGCCUCGUCGAGGUCGAAUGGGAGGGCAACGUGAUCAACGACGGCAUCGCCGACGCCGUGCUCGCGGCGCUGUGCACGGUGGAGAGCUCGCCAGCGGCCGUGAAGCAAUCCUCCCGCCAACACGCCCACUCUCCCUCCCCCUCCGAGCCCAACGACGACCUCAAACUCUCCCACCGCCCGCACCCCCACCGCACCGCCGACCCCUCCACCCGCCUCUCCCGCCUCUUUCUCAUCCUCGAAAACCAAUUUGGCCCCGACGCCCUCACCCCGCUCUCCCUGCCCCGCACAUCCGCCUCGCUCCCGCCACUCACCAUCCCUGCCACCCCCACCCCCGACACCAACGCCACCCCCAACGGCACCUCGGGCAUCACAGAACCCUACUCCGUCGCCGCCGCGCCUGCCGUGACGCCCAGCACCUCGCUCUCCCCCGAGGACAAGGCCGAGCUGCGGCGCCUGCACAACCUCGGCAUUCCCGUGCCGGGCAUCGAGAUCCGCUUCGACAAGUACGCGGCGCGCGUGUGGCUCGAGGACUUGGACGUCGAGUGCGCGCAGAAGACGCUCAAGGCGCGGAUCAAGGCCGUGGUCGAGCGCGGCGUGGAGACGGUCAGCGGGUUAUGGGCGUGAGGGGGUGUGGUGGUGUGGUAUGCCAUGGUCUGGUGCGGAGAGGAAAUGACGUCGAGGGAGUGUAAGAUGGACGGGAUUAUAUGAUAGUUUUGAGAUUGGCUGAUCUGGGAUGUUGGCUCGUACGAUCACCCUGGUUGGUGGGUUUGAAAGACAGCGGAUUCGGCGAAGCUUUGGGUUUCUUCGUGGGUUUGCUCUGCCGCUUACACAUGUACCUGUAGAAUGAAUGCUUCAAAGCUUGACAUGCACUGCAAACCACGAUUGUUCAGGUCACCGAGCAGCA